AUUACAAUUUGUAUUCAAGGAGUGACAUCAGUGCAAGGAUGGCCUUUCAAAUACGCCGGACAAAUUUCAGAGUACAGAACAGCGAAAAUUCUUCAGCACCGAAAAUAUUCACUCACUUUCUAAACAACGAUACUACUUUCAGGCAAAAUAAGCCUAUAAAUUUCUUCAACAAUAGUUAUAAGAACAAAACUAGGAGAAAAAGACAUGUGAAGGCCAGCAGCAGUCACCAAUGGUCUGUAGUCGAAGUUUCUGCGCGGUCUGAAGGCGAGGUCGGCACCAAUGAACUAUUCUGCUACGGGGUCAACGAAAUCGGACAUCAGCUGCAGCCCUGCAAGUUUACCAUCAAAGUUGGAAUAGCGCCGCCCCCGCUCUCGUCAUGCCGGCUGCUCAACAUCACGUCCUCGUCGCUAUCUGUGACGUGCGAUAAGCCGGACACGUCGGUGGCCGGCGCCUCCAUCUACCGGGCCGAGGUCUACCUGGAGUCUGGGGAGCUUCUGGCCAACGUUACCUCGAGCUGGCCCAGCUUUAGGGUAAACGAGCUGGAUCCUGCAACGACGUACAGCAUUAAAGUCUACGUUUCAACGGGACCAUCGACGUCUGUGCCAAUACUUGUAUCGGCUCUGACGUCUUCUACAUCACCUACUUAUGCUGUGGAAGAGACAGGACCUCAGCCUCCACCGCCACCUUCGGCUGCCUCCAUCAGUGCAGCUACUGGUCUGCACCUGCUGGGAUGGUCUGCAGGCGGGGUGGCGAUCCUUGUGAUAGCAUCGCAGGUUUACUGCAGAGGUCGACGGAAACGACAUUCUGCGCAUCAUCGAG